CGGGUGUCCUAAUCGCUGACCAUGCGCCGCUCGACUGUUGCUGCCCUACUCUCUGGACUCGCCCUCGCGAAGGCCGACGCUAAUGCCACUACAUCAGCAGUGAAUGCCUGUAACCAGAUCGCUCAGGCUGUAUCCUCCGCCUCCGCUGUCUUCUGGCCAGGGACCAUCCAGUACACCGAGGACGUCAGCCAUUGGGCUACAUCUAGCAAUGCUAUUGCUACGUGCUCUGUUGAACCAGGAACUGCAGAGGACGUAGGACAAAUUCUGCAAAUCCUCGGGAGCACCAACACUACCUUUGCCGUCAAGGGAGGUGGUCACGCUACCAACGCCGGUUUCUCCUCCACAACCGGCGUGCAGAUCGCGAUGUCCCGCUUCAGCGACGUCGUCUACAACAACGCAUCACAGACAGUCGACUACGGCAUGGGCCUCAUCUGGGACGAUGUUUAUGCUGCGCUUGAGCCGUACGGCGUGAAUGUCGUCGGAGGCCGUGUCACAGGCGUCGGCGUCGGCGGUUUCAGCACUGGUGGAGGAUACUCCUGGCUGACUAACCAGUAUGGGCUCACGGUCGACAACAUUGUCGGCUUCGAAAUUGUCCUACCUAAUGGACAGGUUACGAACGUGACCGAGGCGAGCGACGCAGAUCUCUUCUUCAGCGUGAAAGGCGGAUACAAUAACUUUGGCAUCGUUACACGGAUCACAGCCAAGGCCUAUCCCCAAGGUCAAGUCUGGGGGGGUAUCUUGGUCGUUGCCGGCGACCAGUGGGACGCCCUUAACAAUGCCACUGCAAAGUUCCAAGCUGAGGUCACAGACCCUAAGGCGCAAGUCCUGCCAACAUACAAUUUGGUCAUUGGACUGCCUGCAGCCUCUGUCCUUAUGUUCUAUGACGGGCCCGAGCAGCCGGUCGGGAUUUUCGAUGACUAUCUCGCACUUCCUGCGAUCGAAAAGGACAUCAGCACUCGCUCCUUCCUGUCUCUUGUGCAGUCAUCGCCCUCUAACGCGACUGCCAGCACUCGUGCCGUCUUCAACACCAUAUCGCUUACGACACUCACGACGGGGCUGCUCGAGGCGGUUGUCAACGAGACCCAGUUCUGGUCAGAGGAGCUCGCGCUGAACUCUGCCACCUUCAUCUCCUACGACGUCGAACCCUUCCUCACGACGCUCUUCACGCACGGCUCGGUGCAAGCCUCCGCCUACCCGCCGACACGCGCCCAGGGCUUGCUCCCGCUCAACAUCUACUACGCGUGGGGCCUCCCCGAGGAUGACGCAAUCGCGCAGGCUGCCGCGGUGCAGAGCGCGGCGCAACUCAAGGCUGUCGCUAUCGCAGAGGGCCAGGACAUCGCCGACGCGCCUGUUUACGGCAACUACGCAGUCGCGGGCACACCGGUCGAGCAGAUUUUCGGAGAUAGCCUGCCCAGGAUGCGCGCGACGAAGGAGAGGGUCGACCCGCAGAAUGUCAUGGGUCUCACUGGUGGCUGGAAGGUCUGAACCCGUCCUAUACCUUUUCUAGUUCGGGUACUGUUUGCGGGCCUAGCUUUCGUUCGUUGAGUUCCCGAUGUGAGGUAUCGAUCAUGACGCGCGACGGCUUUGCAUUUUGACGUCUCUGCUGACUUAGCCGCGAAUCCGUUAGAUCUUUGAUGGUGCGCUGGUGACGAUUUGUCGGCACGAUACUCAGAAUUGUGAUCUUGAUUCAAUAAAGGUCACACACCG